AUGAAGUACUCAUCAGUCCAACUCCGUCCCAUUGUCAACGACGACUUCAGAAAGAAGCAGAAUUUCGAGACGAUUUGCCAUCGAAACUCGCGAAACGAAUGCCGGCUGGUGCAAACAAGAAUUUGUUGCGUCCCGCCAUGGAAGCUGCUCAUAUUUUGUUCUCUUUCAAGGAAAUCCCUUUCACCAUACCUCAAAAGUUGUCCGAGACUUUUGCUCAAGUUGUUCAUGACUAUGAGCUGGAAAUGCCCAGCGCUUUUCCACUUCUGGCUUACUUUUCCAUAA